CGCCACUCAGCACGGCGCUAAAUAAUUAAAUAAUAAACAAACACAGAGUCUUUCGAAAUCAUAAUAGCUUUUGAAUGCACAAUGGAAAAUAGCAUAUAUUUUUCCAUGCAUGGCUAGGCCAUGUUUAUGGCAAGACUUUGUUUCUCCCAUCCAAGCUAACAUUGGCUCAAGUUUAAACGGAUCCUCUGUAAAUUGCAGUUUUCCAAAUUUCCGACGAUUUUUUCUUUAUUUAAAUGGUCUGUGUAAAAUGCCAGCAAGUUAUUAAUAUUAGCGCCGCCCAUUUGAUGAUGUAGCUGUAAGAAAGAACCUCCUUAAUUACUAAUUUCUCCGUCCUGCUUCAACCUUACUUCUGUCCUAGAAGUUCCUUCAUGCAUGCAAUGUCGUGAUCCGAUCGUGUCUGACCACCUAUUUUUUAAACAAAAAACCCAGGCUUGUUGUGAUUACUGGGGAUGGGGGAUCAGACAGAGCCGACAAUGGUUCCCAAAUCCACUUCGUUUAGUAUCAAGAGCCUGCUGUUUCUUAAAAGUGACAACCCAAGCUUAGGGGCCCCAGAAAAGAAAAAUCUCCCUCAAGGAUCCGAUUCAGCGAAGCCUCAGGAUCCCGAGGAAAUGGAAUCUUGUUUUAACCAGGAAAAUCACAAGGAGGAAGAGGAAGGAGAACGACCGAAAGAACAGAAUAAAAAUGCGAAAUACGACAAGCCGCCGUUCAGUUACAACGCUUUAAUAAUGAUGGCUAUCAGACAGAGUCCAGAAAAGAGACUGACUCUGAAUGGCAUCUACGAGUUUAUCAUGAACAAUUUCCCUUACUAUAGGGAGCAUAAACAAGGCUGGCAAAACUCAAUUCGGCACAAUCUGAGCCUGAAUAAAUGCUUUGUGAAAGUACCAAGACAUUACGAUGAUCCAGGAAAGGGAAACUACUGGAUGCUGGACCCGUCGAGCGACGAUGUCUUUAUCGGGGGGACAACGGGCAAACUUCGGAGGCGGUCAGCAACAUCGAGGGGCAAGUUGGCACUGAAAAGGGGGCUUCGAUUUACGCCUCUCGGGCUGGGAUUUAACGACGGGGCAAGUAACCCUUUGUACUGGCAAAUCUCGCCAUUUUUAUCCUUGCAUCCCCCACAUUAUAACGGAUCUGCAUCAGGAUUUCUGCGCCAGGGCCAUGCUUACACCUCUCUGCUUUCCGGGGUUGACCAGUUGGCAAACGGGGACCUGUCUCGUCCUAUUUUGGGUGGAUCUGGCCUGACAAACAGUUACGGUGUGAGCACGUCUUCUGUCAGUUUACUAUCAGGACAGUCUGGCUAUUUCGUUUCUGGAGCCCAGCACUCGCAGCCCGUUCAGCACAAUGGAAGUGGAUUCGGGGUACCAUCCAGCUCGCCCCCUACACUGAUUUCUGAAACACUGAGACCGUCACUGCCUUCCUUUACGCCGGGUGUUUCUACUGGAUUUGCUGGGGUCCUGUCGCAUCAAAACAGAGUUACGUCUGCUAGUUCGUUUUUAAACUGAUCCUAUUACUUCCAGGUUGGGGAAAGAAUAACAUGCAAACUAAAAAUAUUGGUUUUUUUUUAAAUGGACACACAUGUUAUUUUUGUAAGAAAGAAAUGUAAAAAAAACACAUUAACAAUGUAAAUAAAAUGCUUGCUGCAAAGGUAGGCUAACUAAAUACAUUUCUGAUUAUUUUUUAUCAGAGGUAAACAAUUUCAAAUGUUUCCUGUGAUAUUUAGUUUAAUUUAUAUUUCUAUUUGUCGUGUGUUUUUAUUUCAUAUAU